UCUCGGCACUUGACGCCAUUUUUGUUGAUAAACAGCGUUGGACGCGUUGUGGGACCAAACAGUGGAAGAAAUUGGAAAAAAGUGCACAAACAAUAGUUUAUAACAAUCGUCAUAAAUAAUCCUGUGAUCCUGGGUGUUAUCAGGAAAGUUUGUGUGUUGUAUCGCAUUCCUGGGGUUCAGGGAACCUGGGGGGGAGGCUGAAGUGCAAGGUUACGUCGCAAAUUUGUCGGCGAGACAGCGCGGAUCAACGAAAAAAACCGAGGGUUUCGUCGAUUAGAAUGAGAUAAAAGAGGUAAAAUGGACUUCCAGUGCACACAAGUCAUCGAGGAUGAUGGACACUCCGAGUCAUCGGGGUAUGGCAGCCCCGAUGACAAGGCCCAGGUCGGGACUUUGGAGAUCGGAAAUCGUAAACACGCGAUCCUGAGGGGCUUAACGAAGAUUGGAAGACAUCCAGCAUGUGAAAUAUGCCUUGAGAAUUCCACUGUAUCGAAAACUCAUGCGGAGAUCGAGGCAAAUGGGAAAAAUGUUUUCAUUUGUGAUCUGCAGUCGUCCAACAAAACCCGGCUGAAUGAUGCAAUUCUACUCCCCUCCAGGUUUUACGAACUCCAGGAUGGCGCCUCCCUGAAAUUCGGGGUAAUCGAGGGUAGAUUUUUUCUGAAGAGAUCAGAAAAUGAGUUAAUUCUCGCUCCGGAGACCCCCGAACCCGGACUCAGACUGAGGGGCAAUGACUCCCAAGACAUUUCUGUCAUUGAAGCAACCCCAAGACCCCAGGAUAACGGAAGCUUCCGUCGUCCUGCGGUCCCCACGCCGAGGAAGAGAAUUUCCAUGGCAAAACAUCUCACUCCAGAAGGUGAAGGGAAUUCUCAGCAGUUGGACUUGCAGGGAAAUACCGACGAAUACAUUAAAGACCUUGAAAUCCAAAGUUCAACCGUGAGGAAUGACAUAACCAGUGACUCCAACAUUCAGGAUAUGGAGACACAGAUAGAGGGGAGUGAUCGGCUUGAUGAUCACCUUGAGGACCCGAUGAAUAUUCAGGAGAUGGAAACACAAGUGUCCGAUUUUUCUUCUGAUUCUCAUGGGUUAAAAAAUGGUCCUGGAUCAUCGAAAAAUACUCGCCGAAAUAUCCAGAAACUUGAUGCCCAGGGGAUUGGCCAUGGAGACGAUGCAGAAGGGGCCAGUGAUGGUCCUCGAAGCUCGAAAAAAAUUGCCAAUGGAAAUUCCCAGGGCAGGAAAUCCAGGAUUCAAGACCUCGACAUCCAGAACUACAAUCCUAAUUGUGAUGAAGACCUGAAGGAUGGUCCUGGACGUUCCAAACCAACACCAGCUGCCGGAAAGACUAUCAACAGACUCACGUACACUAUUAAAGAAGCCAAACCCCUGGAAGUCGAUCCUGUGAGCACUGAAAACAUCCAGGAACUCAACUCUCAGGCGUUGCGUCCUGAAGAUGAUGCAGAAAGUGCUGUUGUGACUCCCAACAGCGUUUCCCCGAGGAAAGUCCCUGAGAGGGCGAUUGGAGUUCAGGAAAUGGAACCCCAGAGGGUCCAUCCUGAAAACGAUGAGUCUGAUCAUGAUCCUGACACCAACAUCAUUGGGAAGCGUAAACUUGAAGAGAAAGAAUCACCGAAAUGUGAUGUUGAAACGUCUAGAGAAGUUCCUACGGAGUCAGACAUCCAAGACCUGGAGACCCGGGGGCUUCAACCGACGAUUCAUGACCUCCAGACUCAGGUAGUUGGUCCUAAUGACGUUCUUCAGUCAUCGGACAUUCAGGGAACAUCAAAUUCAGGAGAAACUCGAGCCAAACGGAUUUCUCAGUAUGAAAGGGAACUUAAUAUCCUGAAGGCUGAUAUUUUUGGGUCAGAGAGAGGGGAGAAGUCUGGUGAUGAGGAUAGUGAUGAUCCGGGAAUCUAUGAUCUUCCCACACAGAGUGCUUUGGAAUAUUCUGAGGCACUCAAACGUCAGAAGGAGGAAAGUAAAGUCCUCAGGAGUCAGAGUUCAUCUCCUGAACUGAUUAAUGGGUACCAGAAUGUGAUGAUUGAUGAUUCUGAUGAGGAUAGUGUCUUUGAAGAGGCGAGAUCACUAAGUGGUAAUCAUCGAAAAGAGGGAAACGUCGGGGAGGGAGAGAAGGAUGGUGGUAACAAUGAAGGGGGAGAAGAUCGUGGUGAUAAUUAUGAUGAAAAUCAUCGGGUGAUUGGUGUUAAUUGCGAUGAUAAGUCGGCGAGAAAAAUCAGUGACAGAGACAAAUUCAAGAGAAAUGGAAUCGUCAGUGAUUCUGACAGCAAUGACGAUGACCUGGGGGAAAUUCGAAGUAGAAAAUUGGAGAAAAGCCCUUCCGAUGACAUUCGUAAUUCUGGGAAUGGAGAAACAUCAUCGAGAACGGGAAUUAAUGGCUGUGAUGAUUCUGGUGGGGAAACUGACUUCGAGGAUGAUUUAAGGGCACUAGGAAACUGUUCCAAGGCAUUAGAAAAUGCUGCUAAAAAUUCGGAAGCUUUGAAAAAUGAUGCCAAGUCAUCAGGAAUCAUUAAAGAAACUGGUGGUUGUGAUUCUGAAUGCGAAACUGAUUUUGAGGAGUUUGAAAGGGCUCAAGUGGAUAGGAAAUCAUCGAAGGAUGGUUUUAAAAAUUCUAAGUCAUCGAGAAAUCAUUUGAAGUCGUCACAGAAUGAAAGGAACAAUUCUAAAUCAUUGAAAAGUAAUUUACAAACCUCGAAAUUAAUUGCUGUAGCUUCGGUUGAUGACACAGAUUUUGAAGAUUUAGACGCUGGAGGAACUACUUCAAGAUCAUCAAAAAAUGAUUUCAAGUCGUCAAAAUCAUCGAAGGAUGAUUCUAAGUCAUCGAAAUCAGCUCGUGAACUCUCAAAAGUGAUUCCUGCGUCGUCAGAGGAGGAGACAGACUUCGAGGAAGAUCCAGUCUCUUCAAAAUCAUCGAAAAAUGACGGCAUGAGUUCAAAAUCAUUGCAAUCAUCACUGGUACGACCCACCAAACAGUCUCACAUCAUUUCAGACAGUGACGAUGAUGAAACGACUUCAGCAAAGUCACCAAAAAUAUCAGAACGAUGUACAAAUACUUCGUCAGUGAUGACAGUCUCGCCUUCGACAUCAGGUGGAUCCCUUCAAAAGGGCAAUCAACCGAUUUCAAUAUCUUCAGAGUCAUCAGGAAGUGAACGAGAUAAUCAAUCUUCGAGGUCUUCAGGAAACUCUACAAAAUCACCAAAAUGCCCUCCAGGAAGUUAUCGUAAAUCAUCUGAAGGUGUCAAUAGCUCUUCAGAAGUCGUGACAAUCGCUGAAACCCCAAGAAGACUUCAGCAGAUGAUUGAAAAAUCAUCAGGAAGUGACACGGACCAUGAAGAUCCUGAGACACCUUCCACAUCAUCCAAUCAUGGUUCCGAAAAUCCUAAAUCAUCAAAAAAAUCGAAUGCAGUUGAGAGACUUCCUGAAGUCUCAGCGAUCUCUAACGAUAAUUCAGGGGAUGAAAGUGACUUCAAGACUCCAAUAAAAUCAUCAAAAAAGAGAGGAAAACCAUCAGCAAGUCAUCUGAAAGGUAUCAACACAUCUGAUCUACCGGAAGAUAUCCUCAGAAUGAUCGAAACAUCAAAAAAUUCGGAGGAUGAUGACAUUGAUGAUGAUGAUGAUCUUUAUUUAGUUCAAACUCAACUGAUAGUGCAGCCAAAACAUUCACGGAUUCAUCAGAAAAAUGAUUCAAGUCAUUCAAAAUCAUCUUCAGAUCCUUCGGACACUCCUAAACGGGGUCAACGAGAUGAUCGUCUUGGGGACAGUGACGAGGACUUGAUGCCAACUCAGAAAAUCGAUAGACGAAAUAUCCGAAAAAAUCCGAGGGAUUUUGAUUCUGAUGAAUUGGAUCCAACGCAGGUGAUCCCCACGUCAUCAGGUCAUCAUCGAGGUUUGGAUGAUGAUGGAGAUCUCGAGUCAACCCAGAUGAUUAAUCAUCCAUCCAGUAGAACACGACAGGUUCUGAAUUUCGAUGAUAUAGAGCCAACUCAAGUCAUAGAUGUCCACCAGCCCAUUUCGAAAGAUGAAAGGAAUUUUGAAGAGGAUAUAGCGCCCACUCAAAUCAUCGAUCUCGACAAGAAUAAUGAUUCAUCAUUGAAGAAAAGGCAGAUUGAUGAUCAAAGGGAUGAAACCAGGAAGCGGAUGAGAGCCCUCGGUGGCAAUGAUCCAAUUCCAGGCAAGAAAGGUCAACAUAAUCUUCAACAAACGCUUAAGAAUCCACAAAAUGCCAAGAAAACCAGAAAUUCCACCGCUAGAAAAUACGCAACGAUUGCUUCCUCGGACUCUGAAGACCUCGAAAACGUUCCUGACGAGAAUUCUCACCCUUCCAAGGCCACGAUACCCCCUAGGAACCGUGGAAAUCCCCGGAAAUCCAAGGAAACCACCGAGAAGGCAUCCAAAACUACUCAUAGAAAAUUUGCGAUUCUCUCAUCAGAUUCGGAGGCACCUGAUGAUAAUCUCAAGGAUAAUAUCAAACAAAAAGUCUCUAAACUUCAAAGGAACCAUAAAAAACCUCUAGAAAUUCCUAAAAAUGCACAGAAAUCACAGAAUUCUGCCAAAGAUCCUAAACCUACUCCUAAGACAAGGGAGAUUCCGUCCUCAGACUCUGAUGAUCUUGACAAUCCGCAAGAUAAUUCACGUUCUUCCAGACCAUCAAGGACCACUAGAAAUCCUCCAGAACCUUCAAAAAAUCCACAGAUACUCCUAAAUUCUUCCAAGACCGCCAAAUCGGUUUCGAAAAUCAUCAAAACUAUUCCCUCAGAUUCCGAAGGCCUCGAUAAUGCUUCCAAAGAUAAUCCUCACUCCUCAAAACCUCCUAGAAAUCCCCCAGAAACGUCAAAAUAUCCCCAGAAGUCCCAGAAAGCCCUCGAAAAACUGGAGAAUUUGCCUAAGACGUCGAAAAAAAUCUCCAACAAAUCGACCCACGCCCCUCUGGGAGGCCCGGGUGAUAUUCUGAAGCUGCCUCCAGGUCCCUCCAGCAUCCCCAGUCCCCACAACACACCCCCACAUCCUCAAGAUCCGAAAAUCAUCACUUCGACACCUUUCGGCACUACUCCAGCAAAAAAACGAAGACUCAAUCUAUCAUUGAGGUCCAGGAAAGAAGCUGAGAGUAAGGAUAGUGCAUUCAGCGAGUCCAGAAGUAUCUCCAACGACAAGUCCUCUGCGAAAAAUCCCCAGAGUUAUCAACAAAGUGGGGAUAACCUGGAAGACUCCAUCACCAGAGACUUGGACAGUAUGUUUGGAGGAACGGAGCACAGGGAUAUUGGUUCUGGAGGUUUUAUGAUGACCCAGGAGGUGAUGGACGUCUUGAAAUCCUCGCAGCCAUCUCCAGAAUCGUCCAGAGUUCAAGAAGUUGAUAAAAAAUCACCUAAAAUCAUCAGGACCCGCGGAAAAGUUGGAAAAACCCACCAGAAAUCAACGAAUGUCCCGGGAACAUCAAAAUCUACUCUCCCUGAAGAUGAUGUUGACUCUCAGGAAACUCAUUUCACGAGUUUAAAGGGAAGAAAACGUGCGCACAAUUUCCUAGCGAGCGUCUCCUCCGAGGACGAAGCGGUUUCAGGGUUCAGCAAGGGAGUUGCUGUGGAGGCUAGUGCAACUGGGGCAUCUUCUCCGAGAAAGUCUUCCAGACUCCGUGGCAAAGAUCCCCUACGAGCAGGAAAAGGUGCUGGAGGGAUCCAGAGCAGCCCCAGGUCAUCAUCAAGACGAAAAAUCGACGGAAAACUUGAGGAGAUCAAGAAAAACGAGAUCUGCGGAAUCUCUUCGCGUCCGGUGAGUUCAGUACCUUCAACAUCCCUACAAGUGCCUUCUAGGGGACUUGAUGGGGGUCCUGGAACCUCGGUGAAGGCCCUGAGGAGCCCUGGAAGGCCGAGGGUUGAGAGAAUCCCCAGGUUGUCUCUCAGGAAAAUUGUUGAUAAGGAAUUGAUCCAGGAUUCUGAAGACGAAGAUGACUUCGAGAACAUCAACAAAAUGGCGGAUGGAUUUCUGAUUUCUUCGGGGGUUAGCAGUCCUGGGAGGGGGAGGAAAACACUGGAUGUGUCGAGGAUACCGAAAAUGCAGCUGAAGGUGGAGAAGGAGUUGAAGACAGAACCGUACGACAGAUCGUUGAGGGGACGAAGGAUCUUAGGAAAGAGUCAGGAUGAUGAGGUGGAGGCAAUCGUCGAGGUGAGUGAGUCAAAGCCGAUGAAAAUACAGGAGAAAUCGAGGAUAAUCCAGGAUGAACCGGUGACUUCCAGAGGCAGAGGAAGGAAAAAGAUGGAGGAAGUUCUCCCGGAGGUGAAGCCUCCUGAGGAGGUGGGGAGAAAGAGGGGUCGUGGGAGGAAGAACGAAGAGGCCGAGGGGAUGAUCAAGAGGGUGAAACGUGAAGACUCGGGAGAUUCGAACCCUGGACCGGAGUCCCAGGAGGUGAGGAGAAUUCUUCGGGGGGAUCAGGAGGUUCCUGACAGAGAGGAGCGGAUUGUCGAGGUGAUGAAGGCGAAGAAGGGAAAGGUGGAGGACAGGAAGAUAACGGAGGAGGUAGACAGCUCUCCCUCGAGAGCUGUCAGGUCUAGAAGUCUUCUGGAGGAGCACAGGGCCCAGUGUGUACUGUUCACUGGGGUCAAGGAACCAGUCAAUCAGAACUUGGUUGUUGCUCUCGGUGGUACUGUUACUGAUAAUCCCCAGGAGGCCACCAUUCUCGUGACUGAUAAAAUACGAAGGACCGUCAAGUUCUUCUGCGCCAUCUCCAGGGGCAUUCCCAUUGUCUCCAUGUCCUGGCUGCAGUCGUCAAUGGCUUCGAAAAAAUUUCUUGAUCCUGGAAAAUACACUCUGUAUGAUCCAGGAGCAGAGGCUAAGUACAAAUUUAAUCUGGGGCGGUCUCUUGGACGAGCCAGGACCAGAAAAUUACUUGAGGGAAGGACAAUCGUCCUCACGUCAAAGCUCUCAGGACCCAGUAUCCCUGAUCUGAAGGCUAUGGUGCAAGCAGCUGGGGGAAAACCUUUGGUGAGGGCCCCUAGCACAUGGCCUCAUGACUCUAUCAUCGUCAGCUGCCCUGAGGACCUGCCCAAGGUCAAGAAGAUGCUGGCAAAAGCGAAAAACGUCAAAGUUCAUGUCGUUGAUAUCGAAUUUCUCCUGUCAGGACUGCUGAGGCAGGAACUUCAUUACGAGGAAUUUGCUCUCAAGGUCUGAAGUCUUUAAUAUGAGAGGAUGAUCGAGUCGGUGAAUGUUUUCGGAUAAUUGUCAAGCUUUGGGACCUGAGAGAAUUAAUUUUUUCUUCAUCUCGAGAAGGGAAGAUAUAUGUUGAGAAGAAUGUACAAUAUGGAGCCAAGGGAACAAAGAUUUAUGUUUUCAAAACAAAGAUUCAGUUUUCAUCGUUUGGCGCCUCGGGAAAAAAUUCGUCGAACAUUAGCGACUACAUUCAGCAUAAUUUGGAAAAGUAUAUUUAGUCAGGGGAGAAAAAAUUGAAAAAAAAAUUGGAAAAUUGGAAAAAUUGUUGGAGGGAAAGACCUGUCCUCAUCUCCCAGCUCACAGAACCCAGUGUUCCUGACCUCAAGGCUAUGGUGCAGGGAGCCGGGGGUAAAUGUUUGGUGAGGGCUCCUGGCACAUGGCGUCGUGACUCUGUCAUCGCCAGCUGCCCUCAACACCUGCUCAAGGUCACGAAAAUGAUGGCAAAAGUGAAAAACGUCAAAGUUCAUGGGGUUGAUGUCGAGUUUUUGAUGUCACGACUCCGGAGGAAAGAACUUCAUCACGAGGAAUUUGCUCUCAAGGUGUGAAGUAUUUUUUACGAGAGUAUGAUUGGGUUAAACAUUAUUUUGAAAUAAUUAUCGAGCUCUGGGGUUUGGGAAUGAAAAUUUAUUUUAUUCAAAAGAAAACACAAAAAAGGCUGAGAAGGUUUUAAAAUAGAAAGGAACAGGAAAAAAAUGAUUGAGGUCUUUAGAAAUCUAAAUUUAGGGCGCUAUUAUUUAUAAGAAAGGUUUGUUGAAUAAUUAGUGGAAAAUUAUUGAUGAGGUUCGUGAAGUUAUUGAUAAAAGCAAUAUUUUAGGCAAAAAAUCAUUAUUUUAUUAUUUUAUUUCGGGAGGAAUCGUCUGAGGGAAGACGGUGGGACCAGUUUUAGAAUUUUAUCUCCCCAGUUCGACAAAGAAAAUUAGAAAAAAUUCUGGUAUCAAUUUUUUUAGAUAAUAGGGUUUUUGUUCUGUGAGGACAUGGGUGACGUGUAAUAUAUAUUCAACUGUCUAUAAUUCUGUAAAUUGCCAGGGGAGAAGGAAGAGUCCGAGAGAAUUGUCGGGGUGAAUUCCCUGAUGGCAGAUGGAUUUACUCGCGUUGAAAAAUUCAUGACCACAAAUUUGUUGAUCAGGUUCGAUUAAUUAUUUUCUUUGGCGGUGGUGGCGGUGAUAGAUAUCGUAUACCAGUAAAGAGUAGGAUAAUUUAUAUAUUAAUGUGUAAUAUAAGGAGGUGAUGUUGAGGAGACAAAGAGUUCACGUUACGUCAAUAAAUAAUUUUUUACUGAA